AAAUUAGGGUUCGAAAACCCAAAAGUCGGUGGUUAAAAUGACGUAUCUCCAACGGUGAGAUUGAACACACUUAUAAUUUCUGAGAAGUUAGUGCAAACUAAAUCUUCUGAAAUUUGGGCGUUUCAUUUUGCACUGCAAGAAGUCGCGAGGUCGAGGGGCGAGCGGAUAAUCGAAGAUGGGUCACUCUGCUGUUUGGAAUUCACACGCUAAGACCUACGGGCCAGGCUCACGCACGUGUCGGGUGUGUGGAAAUCCACAUGGGCUCAUCCGCAAGUAUGGUAUUAUGUGCUGCAGACAGUGCUUCCGCAGCUAUUCCAAAGAGAUUGGCUUUAUUAAGUAUCGUUAAGAGCCGAAAGAUGCUGUAAAGCUACUGGAACUUAUUACUAUAGCAUUAAUGGCAGUAAUUCAAUAGAGAGUUUUUGUUGACAAGUAUAGAAAGUUAUCGUUGGGAGGUAACUCCUAAGAUAGGUUUCUAUUUUUGAAGGUGAAUAUUAGGCUUUGUACGGGAUACUGUUGUCUUGAACAUGAUUUGAACGAGUGGUCUUUUUGUAAUGGACGAACUUUAUUAUUUUGAAACAUAGAAAUGCCCUGUUGGUGGAUGUAAUUGCAUUGCAUGUUCCAAACAGCUAAUUAAUUAAUUAAGAGCAAUUUUGUGGUAA